AUGUUCGCGCAGACCUCCUUCUUCGCCGUCCUUGCCACUGUCGUCAGCGCAGUGGUUCUCCCCCGAGCAGCGGAUACCACCGUGACGUUGGUCAACAACUGCGGCUACCAGGUCGACCCCGCCGCUUACCCCGCCGUCACCUACAACGGGGCCGCAACUGGCGGUUUCCCUCUCGCUGGAGGUGCCUCCGCUUCGGUCACCCUACCCGCGAACUACAGUGGCCGUAUCUGGGGCCGCACGGGCUGCGACGCGGACGGAAACUGCGAGACAGGUCAGUGCUUCCAGGGCGGAGAAAACUGCACGAGUCCCGCGCCCACGGGCCCGACCCUGGCGCAGUUCACGAUCAACGGAUAUGCGUCGUCCGACUACUUCACCCCAACCGGCCAAGGUAACUUCAACAUCCCACUGACCAUCACUCCCGGUUCUGGAUGCUCGACUGCCCCGGUGACCUGCACUGACGCGAACGGAGACGGCAACGGCUGCGGCGCUACUAGCAGCUGCCCCACGGGCACCUCCUACACUAUCCAGUUCUGCUAG